UCUUUCGCAAGUUUGCCUCUAUUUUGGUUAACUCUCGAACAUCUUAGUGGUGCCACAUUUAAAUGUUCUUGCAACUAAAGAAACUAAAAAACCUGUAAUCUUUUUCUCGAAAAAUAAGGAUCGUUUGAGAGUCUAAAUGCGUGUGCAUCUACUGUUGAUUUUGUUCUUCGCUAGCACUGUCCUAACGCAAAAUCCUAGAAAUAGAAGAGAUACUGAUCUGACUACAUUGAAACUUCCUAUCAUUACUACAACUGAAGCUUAUAAUGAAAAAACAACAACGGACGUUACGGGAGAUAAUAGUGAUGGAAUUAAUUGUGGAAAUAAUAUUUUCUGUCAUCCAUUAAAAACCAUACUGAACGUUAUUAAAUCAAUAAUAUUAGCCACUAACAAUGCAUUAUUGACAUUUUUAAAAGCAUUGAAUUCAACGAGUGACUUAGCGCUACGCGCUAUGAUGCAACCGUUUGUGAUAAUAUUAAGGAUGGGACUCAAAAUCUUGAGAUGGUUAUUGCAAUUUCUUAAUUAAAAAAUGUAGCAUUAUAUAAAUCUUUUUCAAAUUGAGAAUAGUUAGAAAUAUAAAUAACUAUCAGCUGACAAAGUUGGACUAUCAUUAGAAGUCGCGAUAUCAAUCACUGGA